AAAACCUUCAAAAUAAAAGUCGGAAUGUUCACGGUGGAAUCGAGAUUGAGAGUCAACAAAAACAAAUGGCGUGUUUUGCUUUUUGUUGAAAGACGUGGUCCAAAGAGCUUGUGUUAACAGGAGUCAACGGCGCCUGUUGAUCGGUGAGCUCAGGUCACGGUGAACCGGAUGUAAAUGGUGGGUGUAAACGGUGAGUCAGGCGGGACGAACGAGUUAACAUGGCGGCGCUGAGAACUUUCUACGGUCAGACGGAGCUGAUCAUGGAGGCGGCGGUGGAUGCGGCGGUGUCCGCCUUACAUCAUAGACUUGAAGAGCCUGAGACCGGCAGCGGGGAAUCAAGGAUGCAGCUGAAUGACAUCCUGAGCGUCAUGUCAAGAGAAGCCGUUCGGAAAAUCGUACAAGUUUUCACAGAACUUUACUUGAGUCUGGAGAAGGAAAAGGAAACUCUGAAGGCAAAUGUCAAACGUCUUGAGUCUGAACUGAAGAAUCAGAAGAAUCAGGAAAACCAGACACAAACACUUUACAAGAUCAAACCAGCAGAUGGACCGUCUCUCUCACUGGACAUCAACCAACCAGCCACUAACCCCACUGCUCUUGCCAUGGCUAUUCUCAACUCCACCAAACCCAAACACAGAAUUGGCAGCAGCCAUCAGGUGCCGCUGGUCAUCAUCAGCCAACCGCUCCCUGGACUGAUCUCAGGGCAGAAACAGUCGCUCCUUACACAGAGUCAACCUGUCCCUGAAUCAAUCAGAGGGCAGCAGGAAAAGACAGGUUCUGGUUCUGGUCCUGUUGGUGAUCACACUGACACAAGCAUGCAGGUGGUUUUAGAUUCUAUGCAGGAAACAUCACUUCCUGUGGUUAGUGAUCAGUCGAGCAGUGAGCUUGCCAAUGUAUCAAUCAGUGAGUCUCCUCCCACACCUAAAGAAGAACAAACUGUGGAUGAAUCACAGACAGGCACAGUGGAGGGCAAAGUUAAAAUUCAUCCUCCAUCAGGUGUAAGUGUAGCAGAGCAGAGAGAGCAGCAGAGGGAGCAGGAGCGACGGCGGCGGCGGGAGCAGUACAAAGAGAAGCGUUUUUUCUGCGAGCUGUGUAACAAAGGUUUCCAUCAAAAGCACCAACUGAACAAACAUAUGUCGUCUCAUCAGAAGCCAUUCCCCUGCAGCUUCUGUGACAAAGGUUUCUACAAAGCCACGACACUGCAAAAACAUGAACUGAGUCACCAGCUGAGGGCAGCCCAGGAAAACGACCCUGACAAGCUGCUGCCCUGCGGCCAGUGCGACAGGAAGUUCAAACUUUUGCGCCAGCUCCGAGUCCACCAGGUAUCUCACCAGCUCGAGAAGGCACCACUCAAGUGCCAAAUUUGUGACCGCACCUUCACCUCCACUAGCGCACUCCGCUACCAUGAGGUGUCACACGCCGAAGUCAAGCCCUUCACGUGCAACAUCUGUGCAAAGAGUUUUACAAGAAAGAAAAGCCUCCGCGAGCACCAGACAGUCCAUACUGGUGCCCGGCCAUAUCGCUGCCAGACCUGCGGAAAGUCCUUCUCCACUGCCAGCAACCUGCGCGUUCAUAAGAGGUCACAUUCAGACGAGCGGCCAUUUGAAUGCAGCCAGUGCAACAAGGCGUUCAAGUGUCGGAUGGGACUGCUGCAGCACCGCGUGGUUCACACCGGAGAGAAACCCUACAUGUGUCAGACCUGUGGCCUAAGAUUUGGCCUCAAGUACAACCUGCAGCGACACCUGCGUCUGCACAGUGGCGAGAAGCCCUGCAGGUGUGAAAAAUGUGGCGAGCGCUUCAAGGGGACCUGGGCACUGAAAGUCCACAUGCUGGUUCACGGUGUAGAGAAACCGUUCAUGUGUGAUCAGUGUGGUAAGACGUUUUUCUACAACUGUCAGCUGCAGAAACACCAGCGGAUUGUUCACUAUGCCACAGGCAGAGGGCGGGGCAGUGGGAGUGAUGCAGAGACCGACACAGGUACAGAUGUGCGGCAGGUAAGACGCAGGCCAACGUGGGACAAACCAUACAGCUGUAAGACCUGUACGAAACGCUUCACCAGCAGCACGACACUGAGGACACAUGAAAAGAGCCACGCAGAGAACAAAGAGUUCAGCUGCGACACCUGCGGGAAGUCGUUCCACCUGCGACACAUGUACCUGUACCACAUGAGGCAGCACAGUGGCGACCGUCCAUAUGUCUGCGGCACCUGUCAGAAAGGCUUCAUGCUGGCAUCACAGCUGAAGCAGCACCAACUGCUGCACUCUGGAGUCAAACCGCAUUGCUGCGCGCAGUGUGGCAAAGAGUUCAGGACGCCACAGAACUACCAGCGCCACCUGCUGAUCCACACUGGAGAGAAACCCUACCAGUGUGAGGUGUGCAGCCGCAAGUUCCGUCAGUCAAACCAGCUCAAGUCUCACAUGCAGAUCCACACGGGUGUGAAGCUGUACAGCUGCCAGCGUUGUGGUCGUGGCUUUGCCGACUCUCGUCCGCUCAAGAAACACCGCUGUGGAGAUGAUGACCCAAACGCACCUCAGAAACAAGGCGAGAAGUUCACCUGGACGCAGGAGUUCCCAAACCAGUAACAGUGCCAUAUCACUGUAUGUCUUUGAAAAAUCAGAGUCUUGCACUAACUCUGGAUCCUUCUGAUGAGCUGUGUUGUAUUGAGCAAUCAAGGACAUAGAUUCUUGGUUGUGUUUUUUUUUUACUCUAUAUGAUUGUGACUGUAAACACAUAAAUAAAAUACAUGAAAAAUA